AUGCUGCAAAAAUUGUGGGAGAUCAAAUUGGAUUGGGAUGAAUCAGUUCCCAUAGACGUUGCCAUCGUGUGGAACAAAUACAAGGAUCAGAUUAAGAGUUUAAACAAUUUCAUCAUUCCUCGGCAGAUCAUUGGAGAAGACGUCACAGGCAUCCAAUUACAUGGCUUCUGUGACGCUAGCGAAACUAGCCUCCUUGGAAAAUUGUACAAAGUUACCAUUAAAUCAAUCAGAAAUGAUUUGGACAAGGUGUUUUUUUGGUCCGAUUCUACGAUCGUACUUCAUUGGCUCCAAACCUCACCACACAAAUUGAAAACAUUCGUUGCAAAUUGCGUCUCACAAAUCCAAGAAAAAACUGAGAAAGGAAGAUGGAGGCACGUGCCAUCACAGUACAAUCCUGCUGACGCUUUGUCAAGAGGACAACUUCCUCACGAAUUCAUUAACAAUAAAAUUUGGCAACAUGGUCCGAGCUGGCUAGCUAAUGAUGAAUCUACUUGGCCGUCUAAUUUGAUACCCACUAUUGAAAUUCCGGAACAACGCCAAAUAGUCGACCUGGCAAAUGUCCUUGACAUUGAUAUCAAUUUGCUAACAAGAUUCUCAUCGUUCAAUAAAAUGAAGAGGAUCAUCGCGUACUGCCUACGUUUUUCUGCUUACUUUCGAUCGCAGAAAAAGGUGGGGGAGGAUCUCAACACGGAAGAAUUAAAAGAAGCCGAAAUGCGCAUUAUAAAACUAGUGCAACUAAGUAACUUCGAAAACGAAUUGCGUAAUCUAAACGGGAAUCGUAUACUAGAUAAGAAAAGCAAUAUGUUAACGCUUAACCCGUAUGUAGACGAGAUCGGAAUACUUCGAGUCGGGGGUCGUUUAAAACACGCGGAAUUAGAAUUCGAUCAAAAACAUCCGAUUUUGUUACCGUCCAACAAUCACAUCACCGAACUAAUAAUUCGCGAAACUCAUGUUAAACUUUGUCACGCCGGGAGUCAAGCUACCUUGUAUGCAAUAAGGCAGAAAUAUUGGCUGUUGAACGGUAGAAAUCAAGUCAAGGGAGUAAUCAGAAAAUGUAUAGUAUGCUCUCACUAA